CUUGCGAGGAGAACCAUGCGAAUCAUCACCAGACGCAUACGGGCCAGCGGGUCGGGCCGCCAGCUCGUGAAAGAGUGAGAGGGAGAGAGAGUUAGUGUGUAAUUGAGUGCAAAAGAGAGGGAGAUAAUCUUCUGUACUCGGUGUUUCUCCUCGAUUCAUCUUAACGCAUCUGUUUCCAAUUAUGCGGAAACAGGUGGAUGUUGUAAUGGCAUGGAUCGGCCGCGCGUUUCCUUGCAAAGCUGUAGGCCACGAUGUUGCCGUGGAACCGUCGUUCUUGGGCGCGAAAAAAUUGUGCGAAACAGCCAAGAGUUGACCGUACCUACCCAAGAUGGCUGCCCGUCGGGCUUCGAGAAACUUGUGUCCUCGCUGUCUAUCUCGACACAAUCAGCAUAAGAAGAGCACGGAGUGACCUUCGGGGAGAAAUGUGAAGGAGCCACUGCGUGAAUUUUACAAGGCAAAGUCACAGAAUGUGAGUGUCGCAAGUAUUGCUCGCAAGAAACCGAUCUGGAGACGGUCGAGCGUCGUUCAUCGGGUGUAAAAUAACCUGGCCUGGUACGUGAUCGUCGCCGCCGGUGCCGCCGCUGCCGCCGCUUCUGUCGGCAGACGGCCGACGGAGACAAGAAAUGGACGAACCUGAGACCGCCGAGACAUGGUCAGCUUGGUUCCUGGAUGCGAUUCGGAAGAUACGCACCCAGAAACAGAGACCGAGUGUCGAGCGGAUAUGCCACGCUAUCAGGCAGCAUCAUAAUUAUCACGAGGAAGAGAUAGCCGAACAUCUGGAGAUCGCUGUCAAACGUGGCGAUGUGCUCAAGAUUUUUAAUAAAGGACAAUCUUCGUACAAGGACCCCUGCGGCUUUCAGACGAGACCGCUCAGAGUCUCUAAGAGUACCGAUCUCAGUAAAGUACUGGGCAAAGCUGUCCGAGAAUUGGGUGAAAGAGAGGGUUCGACUCUGAAAACCAUCGAGAAAUAUCUCAGGCAGAGUCACACGGUAGAAGAGCAAGCAGAGGGUGAUUUGAGAACAGCGCUCAAACUAGCAGCUAAAAGGGCAAUUGAUCGAGGACUCGUGAUCCAGGAUGGCAACUUCUUCCGGCAACCGGACAGGCCACCUUCUCUCAAAAAGCACGGGGAAACCGUUACUGGUUCUCCAGAGCCUCUUGCUCCUAAGCUCCCAGCGCCGUUACCAAUAUGCCGAGAAUGUUUAGGAGCGACGCUAGCCGGGAACAAUAACAAUGCGAAAAAGACCGUGAACGAGAAACUGAGCAGGUGCAGUGUGUGUGGCGCGGCUUUGCACAAUUCUUGUGCACCCCCAGAACUUUCGAUCCUCGUUGACAGAGGAAUAACAUGGUCUUGCGACGACUGUUCUCCGACGUGUGCUGGUUGUCAGUUGGAACGGGAAUCUCAAAACUAUCUGGUGAAAUGCGCGGGUUGCGUGAAGUGUUAUCAUCCCACUUGUUUAGACCCUGUCCUUGAUAAAAAGAAUAAAACUCCCUGGAGGUGUCGGCACUGUCAGACGGCGCAUUUACCCGUUUCGAAGGAUGACAGUAAAAGGAGCAAGACUCAAGAUACAUCGAGUUCUCUCGAUGACACGCCGAGCAGUGCGAGGAAGAGACUCAGCAAGUUACGUGAAAAUAGAAAAUCGACAGUGUCCAGAAAGAGCUUGGCGAUUGCAACACCGAGUAGAAAAAGCGGCGCAGGAGUGGCUCAGGUGGACAGCAGCUCGGACGGUAAUGCGGGUGUUGUCUCCCCUCGUCAACCACCUUUAAUUUCCUCUCCUUUACCACAACCCCCCACCCCACUCGCAGGCCAGGGUAGGCUACUCGAGGAAAAGAACGAUAGGAUCUCCAAAGAGAAGCAAAAGUUCUUUAGGCUUAGUGCGUUUAACGCGGAGCACAAUAAGCUGAAGCGGGUGGGGGGCGGUGAUAAAUUGAAAUGUUCGCAAAACAUUAGUCCUAGGUUGACUCGGGGUAACGUGAACCAGAAACUCCCGGUAUCCGGUAAAAAAGUACCGCUAGUGUCUAGCAGUAGCAGUAGCAGUGACGCGACCGAUAGCGAUUCCUCCGACGACACCAGUGAUACGACCGGCGAUAACGACGAGGACGGUGAAGAAGAGGAGGUGGAGAGGGUGAAAGAAGAUGAUAACAGUUCUGGCGAUUCGAGCAACUCGUCCUCUACGGAAGACGAACAGAAUGUUCCCGUCAGGAACCGAGGCCGUAAUAGAAAUCGUAAUUGUCAAGAGAAUCAUCAUGUUAACUCUCCGAAACCGAGGGGUCUAUUCGCUUGUGGUAUAAACGAAGAUAAACCAUGGGGUUUCGCUGCUGCCGCGGUCAAGCUCCACAUGGUGUCACCCUUUUUUAGUAAUAUAACUAAUACGUUUGGGCCGCAGUUACCUAAACUUGAUGUGAGCGGUACACCGACGUUCAGUUUGCCUGUGCAACCUACUGCCAACUCGGUAGAUGCUAAGAAGAAACAAAAAAAUGACUCUACUAGUUCAGAUAACAAAGUGAAACCUGGUUCCGGUCAAUUAAAAGGUCUGUACGACGGUUUGAGUCACUUCUUUUCAGUACCUACUAGUACCAGAACAAGGUCUAGUGCGCCAACGCCUAAUUACGCGCCCGAUAGGAGAAAACGGCCUAACACGGACGAUGCAAGUCGAAACAAGACGAGUAAAAUAAUGAGAGAAGCGCAGAAUAAUAAGAGGAACAGUGCUAUAACCGGUCUAGGGAAAUCGAAAGAACAGAAGAGAAAAAUAGAAACGAGCAAUGAUGUGCCGAGAGUGCCUCGACCUGGGAUUUUCACACCUUCUGAUGAAACAUUGUUCAGUUCUCUUAAUGAGAAACUACCGAAAAUGACACCAUCGAAUUUGGUGAAGACCGCAGUGAACAGUAAAAGGCAUGAACAAGAGAGGAGGAAACUUAUGAAAGACGACUCGACGUUAGUGAAAUUCGCGGCAGAUGCGGCGGUCCCAGCAUCACCAUCGCCUUUACCGUUACAGUUACCAUUGCAAUUACCAUUACCGUUCUCGUUGUCGUCGUCGUCAUCAUCGUCGUCGUCGUCUUCGUCGUCUUCGUCAUCGUCUUCGCCGUCGCGAUCGAGAUCGUCGUCGCCUUCACCGUCUUCGUCGCCGUCGCCGUCGCCUUCGCCGGCUUUCAGGCACGAUCUCUCCUCGCGAAAGAGAAACACACUUGUAGAAGCGAAUCAGACACGCCACCCUGUGCCCGCUGUUUCAAAGUCCAGCCACAGUUCCGAUUCCGUCAAGUCAAUUCCUAGCCAAAAGUCCAAUCCACGAGCCUGUACUAGCGCCACCACCACCAACACCACCACGACACCCCGCGCGACACCCUGCUCCACCAGGAAGGAGGAACCGAUUCUGCCUCAAACUUUACCACCAGGAGUUACUCAAAAGGAUGUUGACCUUUUCAAGGAAGCUCGAGACAGAGCAGCUCGGUUAACCGCUGUUAGCGGUGACGAAGAAGAUACCGGUCUGACCGUCAAUUCGGGAAAUACGACCAACUUAGGCAGUGGCGUUAGGAAUCCCGCGGCUAUAGUCUUCGGCCGAUACGAGGUCGAGACGUGGUACUCGAGCCCUUUCCCGCAGGAGUACGCAAGAUUACCAAAACUAUUCUUCUGUGAAUUCUGUUUAAAAUAUACAAAGAGUCGAGCCGUGCUUGACAGGCACAUGGAUAAAUGCCAGUGGAGGCAUCCACCGGCUACCGAAAUCUAUAGGUGUAAUGGACUCUCCGUUUUCGAGAUUGACGGCAAUGUAAACAAAAUCUAUUGUCAAAAUUUGUGUUUAUUAGCGAAAUUGUUUUUGGAUCAUAAGACACUAUAUUACGACGUGGAGCCGUUUUUGUUUUACGCUGUAACGAAAAACGACAAGUACGGCUGUCAUUUGGUGGGUUACUUCAGCAAAGAGAAACAUUGUCCCGCACAGAGGUACAAUGUGUCGUGUAUCAUGACUUUGCCACAGUAUCAGAGGCAAGGAUUCGGUAGGUUUCUGAUCGAAUUUAGUUACCUUCUGUCGAAAGUGGAAGGCAUUCCGGGCACGCCGGAAAAGCCUCUUUCCGAUCUCGGCCGGGUAUCGUAUCAUUCGUUCUGGAAAAGCGUUGUACUCGAAUACUUAGACGCCCAUAGGAAUGCCAUCGAAAUCGAGUUUGCCGACAUAACGAAGGAGACCGGUGUAUCAGCUCAUGACAUCGCGACGGCGAUGCAAUUGCUGGGAUUCAUUAGGUCCGUUCACCUACCCGGGGAAGGGAACUCUAAGGUGGCUGUAGUGGUCGAUUGGAGUAAAGUUGACGCUCAUAUGGCGAAGAUACGGAAGAGUUCUCGUAUCAGAUUAGACCCCGAUUGUCUCAGAUGGAUUCCGUUGCUCACACAAAUACCUAAUCCUUAUCAAAGUCCUGAAGAGAGCGGUGAUACCAGCUCCGAGUCUUCUCCUGUGGUAGAACCGAAGCACGUGCCAGCGAUUGUCGAGAAAAUUCAGAAGGUCAAAAUAAAGAAGAAGCCGAGAGGAAGGAAGGUGGCGCAGAGGAGAUCGUCACCAUUGAAGCAAAAGACCGUUCAGAAGUCUCCGGCACAAAAAGAUGCGAUUCCCAAAGAAGCGAAGAAUAUGAAGGACUCAAGAGAAUCAAAGGGGACGAAAGAGUCUGAGAAAGAAAGCCGAAAUGUUGCGUUAGGAAAUGCUAAAGAGCCGAUGGAAAUAGAGUCGAAGAACGUUUCGACGCCCAGGCAUUCUCGGGCAAUAGCCGCUUCAAAAAACGCAAAUUCAACGAAAGGAACAUCGUCGGCAUCGGCAUCCGCGGCAGUGACGCCUGCUACGACAACGAUGUCUAGGAGAAGAAUUAGAAUACCUAAGACACUUGCUGGCAGUGAGUCGGUAACGACAACUGCGACGGUAACAGCUACGACGCCGUUGCGUAAACGAAAACAUUCCGAAAAGACUGAAGAAGAUAAGGAGGAGAAGUCGGAAGUUAGUUCUAGGAAACGGACUCGUGAAUCGUUGCGAGAAAAAGAGAAGGAUAAGGAAAAAGAGAAACCGAAAGAACGCGAUAAGACGAGAGACAAGGACGGUUCCCUUAAAGACAGUGACAGCAUAAGCGAAACGGAAAAAUCGUUUUCUAAAGUCGGAGACUCGAGUCUGUCCUCGGUCGUGCAAAGACCCGCGAAGAAACAAUGCAAAGUGGACGAUAUCUUGUUGAAAGUAACCAGUCGACAAACUAAGUACUUACAAACGAAACAAGCGAAGGAAAAGAAGAAUUUAGAGCAAAAUCAAUGUAACGGUAAAGAAGAAACAACGAAGGAAGUUAAAAAUUCACUUGUAUCUUCGAGACGAGGAAGAGCGAAAGUCGAGAAGGAUACUUCAAAGAUGUCGCAGGUGAAGACCGAGAACUCAGCGAAAGAUCGAGUGGAAACUUCUGUGAUAAUUACACCAUCUUUGUCUCUGUCGUCGAGUUCUGAGAAAACCAUGUCUUCUUCGGCGAAUAAACGACAGUCGUCGCCCGUUUCGGAACAACUCGUUGCUAAGGAAAAAGAGAAUAAUAAUUUAAUGGAAACCAUUGAGAACAACAGUAUUACGGAAGAUAACAAUGUUGGUGACAGUAGCGGUGCUGGCAGUGCCGACGACGGUCAAGAAUCGAGCGUACUUCAAGAAACAGAAGUGACAACGACUGCUAGCCCGGGUGAGUACGAGGGGGGAGACGAAGACGAAGGUGAAGAUGAAGUACCUGCGCCGAGGCCGAAAUCUGUGUUACAAUGUUCGAGUACCGCAAGAAUCGAUUCAAACAAAGAAACCGAAAAAGUGGAGGAUGAUACGGGAAAGAAGAAACUCGAAGACAACGACGCGAUUGUUGUAGAAAAACCGAAACCAGACUUUACGCCUGAAGCGAAAGAACGAGAUAGAUGUGAAGAGGGAGGUGACGGAGAGAGGAGAGAAAGUGCGAAGGAACAUGAACAAGAAGAGAAGGAACGGAACGAGGUCGCAAAGAGGCAGUGUGAUAAAGAUUCGGUAAUAGAAAAAGCAAUUUGCAGUCCGGAAACGUCUAAAUUGGUACCUGAACUUUCUUUAGCUAAAGAAGAAGAAAUCGAUAAAUUGAAAACUGUUACUCAAGAUGUAGAUAGCUGUAAGGAACCCGAUGGAAUUUCCGAGAGGUUGUUCACGAAGAAUUCCAAGGAGGAGUUAACGAGGCCAAAGAUAGACACAUCUUCUACGACGCUUGCAGAUAAAAAGGAAGCAUCGUCUACUAUUUCGAAUAUCGCAUCACCUGAAACGGGGCCACUCACACCUCAAGAAAAAGUUCUACCUAUUAUCGAGCAACAGGAUACUAACAUUCAUCUCCAAAUGCAUUCCGAAGAAUUGAAGCAAAAUUCGCCUGAGAGUGGUAAGACGACACCGCAUUUGGAUAAUCCUGGCUCAGUGAAGAGGACACCUCCUUCACAACCGGACUUACCAUCCAUGGGAGUUUACACUCCCGACUCAACAACGAAUUCGGUGCACUCUUUGCAUUACAGUCAAUGUGAUUUGGAUGUCAGUCAAUUAGGCCUGGAAUCGCCUACAUCGAUCGCUAGCGAUCUUGCGUCGCAAAAUAGUGUCGAGCGACCGCCUAGUGCGUUACCAUCUAUGCCACCCUCCGUUACCGUUCCAAUUCCAGUGUCCAUGCAAAUGACUACACCGGUAACGUCAGUCGCCGUGAACAUACCGCCGCAAGUGCCAUACGGCGAUUGUUCGAUGCCCCAGCACACUCCGUCGACUCACGUCACCAUCCAUCCGAUGCAUCAACCGCACACACCUCAGCCUCUUCAGCAGCCACGGACACCGCAAUCGCAUACGCCUCAGAGUAUGCAGACGCACAGUCCUCAGCCUCUUCCACAAAGUCACACGCCACAGCCGUUACCUCAGUCUCAUACACCGCAACCCCUUUCUCAAUCGCAUACACCACAAAGUAUAUCAACGCUAAGUCCACAACCGAUGCCUCAAAGUCACACGCCGCAACCUCUACCACCGUCCCACACGCCGCAACCGAUGCAGUUGUCUCUCGGCCAACAAAAUCAAUCUAUGUCACACAGUCAGUCGCAGCAGCAGCAGCAGCAACAACAGCAGCAGCAACAACAGCAGCAACAGCAGUCCCAAGCACAGCAACAACCGCAACAGCAGUCUACGCAUCAACAGCAGCAACAGACGCAGUCUCAUAGUAAUAAAAGAGCGAGUGGUUCACAAACGACUCACAGAUCCAGAUCCGCGCAACAGAGCAGCAGGUCGCAUCGAGCGACCCCACCCACAUCCCAUGCUCAGUCUUCUUCACAGCAUACGACCUCGCAUACGAGCCACACGACUUCCCACUCGAGUCAUACGACAGUUGCACACACGACGCACGUACCGCCUCAGUAUCAACAAUCUCCGUCGAUGAGCGUGCCGCCCGUAGCUCAUCCGCAUUCUCAUACGCACGCUGCUCAUUCCCAUAACAUGGCUGUUAUCUCGCAGGGGAACUACAUGACCGUUGCUUCUCAAGCCUUUCCGACACAGAACACGUACGUGAUUCAACAUAGAAGCAGCAGAUCCGGUGCUCCCACCGCGUGCACAACGGCGACGAACUUUUACAUCCAGACAAGUGCGAUGCCACCCCAUUCGCAUACACCCGCGCCUCCUUUAUCAGCCUCAGGGAAUCACCAAACCACGAAUUCGUGUAGCCUAGCAAAACUACAGCAACUGACAAACGGGCUAGAGAUGAUACCGCCUACGCCUCCACCGGCGAUGAAUUUAACACCACCGCCUCCUAUACCGCAUACGAUGACACCACCACAAACAUCGAGGCAGUUGCCGACACCGCCUCAAGUACCUUUGGGAUAUCCGAAGAAUUACUACAACGUAAACACGGUACCGCCUACUACUCCCGGACCGCCCAGCAGAUCGACCUCGAGGUCGUCGGCGAAUGCGAACAUGACAUCUUUGACGCAGCCGUAUCCGAGUGAGAGCCUGUACAGACAAACUCUCGAUCCUGGAAGUACCUGCCCUCAAAUGCAGACAGCCGCCAGCAGGGUCAGCCCCAACGUGGCGUUGAACACGAAUCUCAUGGCUCAGUAUGGUUAUCGGGUGGCACAACCCGCUACCGGCUAUAUGAAUCAAGCUGCACAACUCGGUGGCUUCAUGAACCAAGCUAGCCAGUUGCCCGUUGGGGUUGUCAAUGUAUCUGCACCGUAUCCUCAGGAUCCUCAUCAACAGAAUCCCGCUGCGGUGUACACGACGUACCAUGGUUACAUAAACGGAGGUCUGAUGCAGCCUUUGAAUAGUUCGAUGAGGCCGCGUUAGUCACACAACACACACCUAAGCGCACAUUCUUUUACCUACUGCAGUAACGAAACCCUAAAAUAAACGAGGAGUUUCAACAUGCUUUGAUGGUUCGCUGGUAAGCAAUGAUAGUCUUACAAGUUAAUAAUCUUUUCAACUCAAUUCCUUGAGAAUCCUGCUAUCCGCUAUCCAGAGAAUUUGUAUCAUUUCCUUUGCGUUCGCUACCGUUCGUAGUCUUCUUGACGAAUGUUUCAGAUAUCGCUUCUCUUUUACUUGAAAAUUUUUACAAUAUUGACUUAUCCUUCUUCCUGCUGCAAUCUAAUCCGUUCGCUUACGAAACUCCACAAAAGUCCAGAGCGAUUAUGAAAAUCGAACGGCUGGUAUUAAAUGGAUUCAUUCUUAACAUAUUGAACACGGAGAUGGAUGAAUUCGCGUGUGUUUGUGUGCGUGUUCACGCGUGUUUAUGAAAGAGAAGAGGAGCAUAUGUGUACGUAUAAAAAACAAUCAUAAAAUCGAAUAAAUCGAGGAACUCGGGUUCGUAAAUUGUGCAUUUAAAACGAUUAAAUAACUUAUCUAGGUGUUGAUCCGUCGAUAGAUGGAUUAUACAUACAUAUGUACGUGCUUGUGAGUACGCAAACGUGCAUACGUAAACGCAUAGACGCACAUGUGUAUGUAUGUAAAUGAUUGUAUAUACAAUGUUGGAGUCAAUCCACGAUCGACAAAUUGGAUACCUAUUUUUAGUAGGGCAUUCCCAUCCGAAAUUACAGCGGUGUUAAGUUUUUGUACCAUGGUAUACAUGUGUGUAUGUAUACUGUGAUACGUGUAUAUUAUACGUAUAUGUAUGUAUAUAUUAUAUACAUGUGCGCGCGCGUGUACUACACGACACUUACAAAGAAUAUUCUGUUUGAUAUUAUCGAUUGUUGAACGUUGUUGUUUACGUUUCCUUCGAGGCACGCUGUACUUUACUGUAUCAUAAAAAUACUUGUACUACUAUUACGGUAAUGAUAAUUAUACUAAUGCAAAUUAAUUGAUAUGAAUGGCCAACUCGUUCAUUCUCAUUGAUUGAUCGCGCUUCUCGUUAAUGUCCCCUCAGAAGGUACUCUCGUCGAUGGCGGAAAUCGUCGUCAUUAUUAUUGUAUUUCUUACUGCUGAUAGAAUUAUGACUAUUACAUCUAUUAUUAUCAUUGUUAUUAUUAUUACAAUCAUCGCCAUUAUCAUUUUUAUUAUUAAUAUUAUUAUUAAUAUCCUCAUUAUUAUUGUUUCCACCAUUAUCGUAUCCUUCAUCAUUGUCGUCGUCGUCGUCAUCUUCAUCAUUUUCUCCGAGAUCAGUAUAGAAUUACGUUUUUCUCCAGUCCCAAUGCCCCUCAGUUACAUACGUGCACAGAUAUGCGGAAAGUAGGUGUGUAUGCAAAAGCGUACAUAUAUACGAUACACUUAUUAUCCAUUCUUCACUUUCUACUGUAUGAAAAUGUUUUUAUUUUCUAUUAUUGUGAGCGAGAGGGCACAUGUUAGUUUCGAAAAGAAUGAUGCGUAAAAAAAGAAAGCUCUUCCACGGAGCGUCGUGAAAAUUACCCUGAAAUUAUUUUUUGUAUGGAAUUAAAAAAAGAAGACGAGUAUCUUGAAUCCUUCGUCUUCUUUCAUGGGAAAUAUAAAAUGGUGCUCGUUCGUGUACGUUCAAUUGUAAUUUCCCUCGUGUGCACGACGCUUCGAGGAACGAUCGCGAACAAAUAAUAUAUUUAUAGUAACGUUACGAAUUUAAUUUUUUCAGACGAGACUAUAAGUGCGAGAGGCAAACACGUUUGCCUGGUUUUUAGCGUAAUUCUUAAACGAUAAAAAAGAUCAUUGAUAGUGUAAAAAUACAUCAAUAUUUAUUGUACAUAGAGCUAAGAAAAAACUACUAACAAAUAAAAAGGAAUCAAAAAUAAA